AAAAUGUCACCAGGAUCCAGAAGCCUAGGACAUCAUUGGGGAAUAGGGAGUGGGUCUGGGUGGUGGAAUACUGCAGCACUGGUAUGGUGGGGAAGCAAGUGAGAGGUCUAGGGAAAGGUCUUGGACUCGUGAGCAGAGGAGGGAGAACUAGGAAGGGAACCUGAGGACUUUGGCAGUGGAGGAGGGAUUGCAGUAUAGUGGGCUCAGUGUAGAAUACUAAUAAUAGAGGGACAUGAUAUUAAAAGAGAUGUUUUUCAGUGGGGGACUAGGCAUCAUCACAUUAGGGGAAAGUAGGAGAGAACAGGUCCUUUGGCAGACGGUGAGGUUGGAGGAAGGGAAGGAAGACAGGCUGUGUUAGGAUGUGGUGUUUAUGACUGCUUAUGUACAGCCAUCCCUCCUGGUUUCAGGGGUACUCUGAAUCUGCCUCCAGGAGAAUAGCCCUGGCAGAGGGCUGCUCUUGUUCAGAAGAAGGAGCAGCAGCAGCAUCUACUACUGUUUUCACUUUUACUUUUGUUUGUGUGUAUUGAGGAAGCUUAGACAGAAAUGGGAGGCGUUCUCUGAUUAUUUUUUUUAUUGCUGCUCAUGUAGUUGCAAUCAGUAUUUAAGCAGGGGGUAAGAUAUGCAGAGGAAACAGUGCUUUGCAAAUGAAGCUGCAGUCUUUGAGCCUUCAUAUGUCAUGUCAUUGUCUAGUAUUGGCUUGCUGCUUACUUACAGCGGGGAAUGUACAGAAGUUAAACAUCAGCCAGGAGCCAGCAUAGAAGGGAAAAAUAAUUAAAUAUUGAAUGUGUGUUAGAAGUUAGGAAUGGAAACUUUAUCUUUUAGAUCAAGUCCAUGCCCAUGUAAAUGGAGAAUUGGAUAUUCAAUAUAUGAUUUAUGUAAAUCUAUGAUUUACGGGAAUGCUGAGCACUGAUUCAAGGAGAACUGCAGCAGAGAGUGAGGAAGAGGAUGACCUUGAAAUGGAAGUUGAAGAUCAAGACAGUAAAGAAGCUGAAAAGCCAAACAUUAAUUUUGACACGAGUCUGCCAACAUCACAUGUGUAUUUGGGUUCUGAUAUGGAAGAGUUUCAUGGGAGAACGGUGCACGAUGACGACAGCUGUCAAGUGAUUCCAGUGUUGCCCCAUGUGGUAGUGAUGUUGAUUCCUGGACAAACCUUGCCUCUUCAGCUUUUUCGCCCUCAAGAGGUUAGCAUGGUGCGGAAUUUAAUUCAGAAAGACAGAACCUUUGCUGUUCUUGCAUACAGCAAUAUACGUGAAAGGGAAGCACAUUUUGGAACAACAGCCGAAAUAUAUGCCUACCGAGAAGAACAGGAGUUUGGAAUUGAAACAGUCAAAGUGAAAGCAGUAGGAAGACAGAGGUUCAAGGUGCUUGAAAUAAGAACUCAGUCAGAUGGAAUCCAGCAGGCUAAAGUACAAAUCCUUCCUGAGCGAGUGCUGCCUUCGACUAUGUCAGCAGUACAGCUGGAGUCUCUCAAUAGAUGCCACAUAUUUCCUUCUUCCAAACCUACAGCAUGGCAGGACCAACAUAUACAUCAAUGGUGGCAGAAAUAUCAAAAGCGAAAGUUUCACUGUGCUAGUUUGACUUCUUGGCCUCCAUGGCUCUACUCUUUAUAUGAUGCUGAAACCUUAAUGGAAAGAGUCAAGAGGCAACUACAUGAGUGGGAUGAAAAUCUUAAAGAUGAAUCUCUUCCAUCAAAUCCAAUAGAUUUUUCUUACAGAGUUGCUGCUUGCCUGCCAAUUGAUGAUUCAUUACGUAUUCAGCUGCUUAAAAUAGGUAGCGCUAUUCAGCGACUGCGGUGUGAAUUAGAUAUUAUGAACAAAUGUACAUCUCUUUGUUGUAAGCAAUGUCAAGACACAGAAAUAACAACUAAGAAUGAAAUAUUCAGUUUAUCCUUGUGUGGACCUAUGGCAGCAUAUGUGAAUCCUCAUGGAUAUGUCCAUGAGACCCUUACAGUGUACAAAGCCUGCAACUUGAGUCUGAGUGGCCGACCUUCUACAGAGCACAGUUGGUUUCCUGGGUAUGCAUGGACUAUAGCCCAGUGCAGAAUUUGUGGGAAUCACAUGGGGUGGAAGUUCACAGCUGCUAAAAAAGAUCUGUGUCCUCAAAGAUUCUGGGGAUUGACUCGAUCUGCUCUCCUGCCUAGAAUUCCAGAAGAUGGCUCAGGCAACGAUAGAACACCAUUACUUUGCCUGUAAUCUAGUAACCUGUUUUUGGAAUGAAUAAGCAGCCGCCAGUGUCUCUCAGUUGAACAUGGUCAGUGCUGCUUCUGAUGCUUGCUUAAAUAAGUUUUUUUUUUUUUUUUUUUUGAAAAAUGAAAGCAAAGAAAAAGACAAGCAUCAUUACAUUUUGGGUUUGGUGCACAGACAAGGUACUGUUGUUUCCCAAUACACUGGGAAUUGAAGGUUGUGUCUUAAAAUUUGACAACUGGGAAGAGAAGUACAGUGAGAGACCAGCAAAUGCAUCUGAUUCUAGGAAUGUCAGAUAAAUGCUGAAACAGAUUACUUAAACUUGCCACUGUAUAAUUUAAGAAGAUAUUUACUGCUAUUGAAUUAAGGUAAAAGAUAUGCAAAAAAAAAAGUACUAUUAAACAGUAUUUGAUUCAUACAAUUUAUGUAUGAUGGUAAAUAUCAAAUUUUGUUUGUGGGAUAUUGGCUAUUAGUAUACUUCAAGUAUAUUUUGCUGAGAAAUCCUUGUUUCUAACUAUAUGAAAUGCUCCACAUUCACACUGUUUGUUUUUUUCAAAUGUUUGCCUAAACAAGUAUCAAAGAGCGUGUCAGGUCUAAACCUCUGUACUGAUUGAUGUUGCAUUGGUUAAUGUCAUCCUUGUAGCGAUGCUGUAAAUGGUAGAAGCCAAGCACUUACUGAUAUCUGCUGCUAAAGCAACUACUGUAUACAGUUCCUUUUUAAAGGAAUCCUGUAUUAAUUGUUUUGUCCUUAACAGUUAUUUCAUAUACUUAGCAUGUUUGACAUGUUGAUUAGCAAUCAUUUAAAAACUAAAUUAUUAAUAUAAAAUGUACAGGUUGAUUCCAGUGCAUAAAAUAUAUUGUCAUUUGUUUCCAUAAUACAUUAGUAAAUUUCAGUCAAUACAAUUAAAUAGGUUUACAUUUUUUUUAAACAAUUUCCCUCUGAAGUUUAAUUUACCUUGUAUACAUGCCUAAAGUUCGGUGAAGUAAUCUGUGAAAUACUUCACAUUAGAAAUUGCUCACAUCUGUAUUUUGACUAGGGAAACGUAGCAUACCUUUACUGCUUUUUUUGUUUGCAUAUCAUAAGUGAAAGGCUGUGCAUUUAUCAUCAUUCUUUCCUGAUAAAGGGGUAAUGUUUCUAAAUGAAGCAGAAAUCAAAGGCAGGUUUGUUUUUGAGACACUGUGCUACAGAAAAGGGUGCCAAAAAGAGUGCAGCUUUUGCUGUUUUUUCAGAAUGCACUUUGAUGGUAGAAUCUGAAGAUGACAGAUUUCUCCUAUCUAUAGAUAGAUAGUUUUUUUUUUCUUGUGAGGCUCUUCUGUUCACUCUUUAUUUGUUCAAAGUAAAUCUUAGAGAUCCUGUAUGUGUGGUUACUUGUAUUGUUAAAGAAAAAUUAUACUAAAAUGCUUAGGAUUAUAUUUAUGAAAUGCUUCAUCCAUCCCCACAUACCAUGCUUGUUUGUUGUGUGUAGCAUUAAUAUGUUACUCCAAUAAAGGAAUAAGGACAAAUAUCUUUAAGAGACAAGCAACUGACUUUACUGAUAAUGCCAUGGUGUGUGGUGUACUGCAGCCAAAAAAAGAUUUUCAAAUAAUACAAGAUGUUACCUGCUGAAAGGAUAUUAGAAAACUUUAUGAUGUUAGGUAUCUAGAGAGUAAUGAUGGUGUAACUCAGGUUUAAUUCCUUGAAGCCUUCUACCUCUGUGCUUCUAUGAUGUUUUUUGUUAUCCCAUAUAUAUCUGUAAAAUCAAAUUUCAUUUUAUUCUGCAACAUUCUUAAUUUAUCAGUGAGCUGCGAAAAGCAAUAUUAGCUUAAACAUAAUUCUGAACAAAUACAGGGUGAAAGAUGAUUUGUUGUCUUAAAGCAUUCUAGAUUUUGUUUGUUAUUUUAGAAUCAGCUUUCAAAAAAAUUAAAUGUUAAGCACUAGUGUGAAAAGAGCAAGAGUCUGUGAAUUAUCUGUACUAUACUCAUUCAAAUCAUAUUGAGGGUGUUUUUUUUCUAAGUUAGUUUGACUUUUUUUUCCCAAAGGUACUAAGCACCUGAAGUUCCUAUUGACAUUACUGAGCUUUGUGGAUGCCUAGCACUUUUGAAAAUCAUGUCAUUCUCUGUUCACUCACUACAAUUCAGUGAAUGUUAUUUUUCAAAAAGGAUGUUGUCUUCGGCUAUCAUCAAACCUAAUAGUGUGCUUAUAUUUUUG